CCAUAGUUACGAAGGUUGCAUGAAUUUGGCUGACAAAAAGUUAUAAACUMAAAAAUAUUUCUUCAAAAUGAGCGCCCACGAYAGAAAGAUACAAUCUCCGAUAAUUUCGACAAAGGACAACCCUGCUGUUGAUCCAAGACAAAUGAGAAGGAUAAUAGCCGAAGACCCAGAUUGGAGCUUAGCAACGGUUCCCCUCCUCACAGAGCUAUGCAUCAAACACAUUGUACAUAAUUUUGAAGAUAAUCCAAUCCUUGAUGAGUUACUUUUAAAGCACAAAAAUAAAGUUUUGGAAGCAUUAUCAACUGGAAUAUCAAUGAAAGUAACAUCUAAUCUAGUGUCUGAUGAAAACUACUGGAAAAGAUGUUGUAAAUCAAGAUGGGAAGUUUGUGACAUUGCAAAACAUGGAAAUAGCUGGAAAAGAAUGUAUUUUGAAAGAAAUCUAGAAGGAAUAAUUGAAAGUUUUGUUCCUGAAAGUACAGAUCCAAUGCCGCUGUAUGAAACUCUAAAGCUAUCAUCAGCUUAUGUCAAGUCACUUACAAUAAAACAGCUCCUCCCUCCUGUUAAAGAAGCACCAGUGAAAGAUGAUGAUGCUUCAGAUGCAGGGAGUGAUGCUGGACAAGAUGGACCCAACAUUGAUCACUUUGAUUUUGGUGUUGUGAUUCCUAAGCUGUUAUAUCUGGAGGAGCUUCAUUUAACAUAUGGUGUACGGGACUGUGGGAUGAAUUUUGAGUGGAACCUCUUUAUGUUUACUGCCAGGGAUUGUCUUUUACUUGCAAAGGCUGUCAAAGCAUGCACAACUCUAAAGGUCUUUCAYCUUCAUCAAAGUAAGGUGGAUGAUGAAAAAGUGAGGGUUCUUAUAAGUCAUCUCUUGGAGCAUCCAUCAUUGCUCACAUUAGAUUUGUCUCACAAUAAAAUAGGGGACAGUGGUGCCAGAGCUGUUGGUAAGUUAUUGAAUGGAAGAUGUAAGCUUACUACCCUUAAUCUUUGUGACAACAAAAUACGUGCCAAUGGAGCUGCAGCUAUUGGACAUGCUCUGGGAAAGAACCAAAUCCUCAAGUCUAUUAACUUGCGAAUGAACAGACUUGGUGAUGAUGGGGGUCAAAGUAUUUGUCGUGCGUUAUUGAAAAACAAUACCCUUACAGAUGUCCAUAUUGGGAGUAAUGACCUUGGUGAACCAACUGCAGCAAUACUAGCACAGGUACUAGUGAGCAAUAAAACAUUGGUGGAUCUGAAUCUUUCUUGCAAUAAAAUUGGACCUGAUGGAGGGAAGUCUUUACAGGAAGGUAUGGAAGAAAACACUACAAUACGAACCAUGGACUUAAGGCUGACAGAAGUUGGACAAGAAAGUGAAUACUGUAUAAACCAGUUAUUGAAGCRAAAUAGAGAAACACAGUAUAAACAAAACUCUGUUUAACAAGUGACAUAGGAAUAUUGUAAUGCAAAAUAUUGUAAGAAAUAUAAUUGUACAUAGACUUUUCAUCUAAUGUAUUAUACAUAUAGGAUUCGGCUGCACUAAUAAAUAAUUAUUUUUAAGU